CAACAUCGACAGCCGAAGUGUCUGGAUCACUUAUUUUAAUUACAUUUUCUAGAAGGAUUAUCGGAAAGGAAUUGUUUCUCAGGCAAAAGAAAUGAUGCAGCAUGUAGUGCUUUUGCUCCUCGGAGCUCAUCUUGCCUCGGCUGGAACACACUCUCUGAGAUAUUUCCACAUUGGUGUGUCUGGAGUCAAUGAUUUCCCAGAGUUCACAGCGGUCGGUCAGGUAGAUGAUCAGCAGUUUGAUUACUUUGACAGCAAGAUAAUGAAAGAUGUGCCGAAGACUGAGUGGAUCAGACAGAAUGUAGGAGCAGAUUACUGGGACGGAGAGACUCAGAAACGUAUUAGCCACCAUCAGCGCUUCAAAGUCGACUUCCAGACUCUAAAGGGCCGCUUCAACCACACAUCAGGUGUGCACACAAUCCAGGAGAUGUACGGCUGUGAGUGGGAUGAUCAGACUGGAGCAACAAAUGGGCUCUACCAGGAUGCUUAUGAUGGAAAGGACUUUGUGUAUUUCGAUUUGAAGGAGAUGAGAUAUAUUUCCCCAGUAUAUCAAGCAAUCCCAACUCUACAGAAAUGGAAUGAUGACAAAGCCCUUCUUGAGAAUGACAAAAAUUACUUCAGCAGUGUGUGCAUUGAGUGGCUGCAGAAGUAUGUGCAGUAUGGAAAGAGCAGCCUGGAGAAAACAGUCUCUCCUCAGGUGUCUCUGCUGCAGAAGUCUUCCUCAUCUCCAGUAGUGUGUCAUGCUACAGGAUUUUAUCCCAGUGGAGUAACAAUCUCCUGGAUGAAGAAUGACCAGGAGCAUCAUGAGGAUGUGGAGGUUGGUGAACUUCUUCCUAAUGAGGACGGGACCUUUCAGAAGACAAGUGAACUCAAAGUUACACCUGAAGAGUGGAAGAACAACCAGUUCAACUGUGUGGUGGAGCACCAGGGCAAAACCAAGAGAGCAAAUGAGAUCAGGACAAACAAUGAGUCUGUUCCCAUUGGCAUCAUUGUUGGUGCUGUUGCUGCUGUGGUUCUGUUGGUUGUCAUUGCUGUUGCUUCGUAUAUGGUGUAUCAGAAGAAAAAAGGCUUUAAACCUGUCAACGCCUCUGAUGAUGGUUCUAACAGCUCAGCUCAUACAGAUCCACAUGCAUGAAGAUGAGACCAGAAUUGUGGGAGAGAUGAAGUUGAAUGAUGCAUAUCCUGCUCUCCAUCUUGCUUACAGAGCUGCACAUAAACACACACACACACACAAACACACACAGCACAGCACAAUAUCACAAAUUUCUGUGAUUGGAUUGAUCUGUCUCGUGGUUUUUAUGGUUGAUUGAUUUGUGAAAGAUUGAUUUAUAUGCUAAUAAUUGAUGUCUCAAAAAAUAAAUGAUUGUUUUUUGUGACUGUUGUCUGUGUAUACAGUCAAUGUCAAACACCUGUGUUAAACAGCAUGUCUCUCAAUCUAAAAAGUGGAUAACAGAUUGGAUAAUUUUACAUCAACUAUAUUAAACUAUCAACUUGUAGGCUUUGUGUUUUAUUCAUGGUCUGGGAUUAAUGGGGGUUUCAGCUUAUAGUUUCUUUAUUUGUUUUAAAUGAUUUAGAUGAUAAAUCUAUACAAAUAAACAUUUAUAUGAAUAUCUGAGCAGUACAAUACAAUUUUUUCUUUUUUCUUAAUAAUCUAAUAUGAGAUACAUUAAUGUCUUUGUAUAUUGGUUGCCUUUGGGUUGUAAUGUUGUUGUUUUUUUGGAUUAUUUACAAAUAAAGAAACCUCACA